AUGCAUUUCCGAACUUCUGAAGAAUAUUCUAUGGAUACCUAUGCCUCUGCAAAGGUUCCAAUGGGAUUUAGAAACAAGAUCUUCUCUAACCCAUCAGAGACAAAUCAAGAGCUUCAAACAUUCAUUAAAUCCUUGAAGAAUCCGAGUAAUGAGGUUCUGACUCCUAAAAACACUGUAGAUGAUCCUUAUCGGAAUGAAGCUGCUAUAACUGGAGAUGUUCCUGAUUUGAUAAAUGUUUCGGACGAUCCUCUAAAGUUUACAGGUGUAGAACUUCCUGAGCCUAAUGUUGAAGAUGAUCUUUCCGAUGAGAUCAUGUUUGAUGAUGACAAUACUUUGGCUGGUAUUAUUCUUGUUCUCUCUACCAUCGAUUGCUUUGUCUCAGUCUUACCCUUGAAGAUGCCGAAGCAUGCUAGAAGGAGAACAUGGAUUAUCACAUCUCCACUGUCACCAUGA